CCGAUGUCGGCAGUUGCAAUGAAUGUACUUUGAUAAGUGUUGAAAGGGUGACCAAGAUCUACUCCUCAGCUCCGCAGUGAAUGACCGACGUCAACCUCGAUCGCUUUCUUCUACUGUGCAUCUUCAGGAGCCCAGUGAUGGGCAGCAAGCGGCGGCAACCUCUUAUCCUUGCGCGGGAGAACCUAGAUGCAUCAAUCGAACCAUGCAUCCCAUUCAUCACAGCGCGCCGAUUCUGGAUCCUCGUCUACCUCUACCUCGGGCUCACAGCUGCCUCGGCUCUCGUUGCGCGCCUCGCAUGUCGUCCGAUUCUGACAAAGAUCCUAGCUGCGCGUUGUGCACAAAUGGCACAUGCAAGAGAUCUCGUGGCUGGCUUCGUGGAGCCUACAGGAGAGGCUGUCAACAUGAGUCGACAGGAAGCAGGCGGUGUUGUGGUGGAUACAACAAGACACAAGUUGCUCGUACACAGCUAUACUCGGACUGGCGAGGAUAUACCAGAGACAAGUGCGAAAGAGGUGUAUGUUGAUGAUGCAAAGCAGAGCGAGACGGUGGGACCGGUUGCCACAUUGACGCAAGUCAAGACAUCGAUAUCGACCAUGAGCAGCGAUAGCGAGGCAAAUGCAUACGGCGGACUGUUACGAUGCAGUGCAGCAUUCAAAGAGUAUCUCGACAGCUUGAAUCAAAUGGCCUACCAGCGGAGUUAUGCGACUCCUGGAGUGCAUGACAGUACAGACAAGGGCAUUCAGAACUGCAAAGCAGAGAUCAGAAGCGUCGAGGGAUCUGUAUUGUUGCAAGGAACUUUCCAAGUCGAAUGUCAUCGCAGCAGCAGCAGCAGCAGCAGUACAAACAGGCAAGUGUGGCCAAAUUCAAGACAGAGUCUGCUGUUGCUCCUUCACAAGACGUAUCUACAUCUGCAUUGCCUGCAAUCCUCCAACCUCCAAACGUAAUCGUUGGUAAUCUACAGAAGCUUGCCCCAGUUUGCCCUUGAUAAUCGCCUCCUCUUCACGAAUACCUGCUGCUUCCUGCUCAAGCUCAGUGAGUUGCUGCUCCUGUGUCUGCGUGCGCUUGCGUAAUUGCGCAAGCUUGGCCUGUACGGCCGAGAGAAUUUGAGGAAGAGGAGCAAGUGGUGUGAAUGUGGGUACAGGUGGACCUCGAAACACACGGACGCCCGCUGCAUUGAUGUGUUGCAGCAGGCCCGACGAUGACAUCCUCGGCUCAUCGCCCGUCAAUAGUGCAGGGCCAUUGUGCGUUGAGAGGCCGGCGAGAUCAGAGGUUCGUUGGAUGGUUGCUUUUUUGAUCUGCG